UGUGCUGGUUCUGGAAUACAGAGAGAGCACAUAGGUUUUCUUAAGCAAUAUAUUUGAUUGAUAGCAUACUGAGAGCCAAUAAAAUAUUUGUUUUCUCAGGAAGAGUGGAAGCAUAUUGUGAAAAUCUGAAAUACACAAUAAAAGAAUUGAGGACUACUGUAAAGCUUGACAAAUGCAUUCCAGACUGGAACACUGCUGCAUUCCUCCUCUUCCUCCUCCUCCUCCUCCUUUAGAGAAUUGACUUCUUAAAACGGAGGAACUAAAAAGAGAAGCUGAAAGAAAAUGCUGGGAUCAGAUCAUGGUGUGGUUGAAGAAUGGCUAUCAGAAUUCAAGGCAUUACCUGAAAAUCAAAUCUCCAGUUAUGCAUCCACAUUGCACCGGAAAAAAUCACUGGUGCCAGCUCUUUAUAAGGUUAUUCAGGACCCAAAUAAUGAGCUCCUGGAACCUGUCUGCCACCAGCUCUUUGAACUCUACCGUAGUUCUGAAGUUCGACUCAAGAGGUUCACACUACAGUUCCUGCCAGAAUUGAUCUGGGUAUAUCUGCGUUUUACUGCCAGCAGGGACAGACAGAGUAAUGGUUGCAUGGAAGCGCUGCUUCUUGGGAUUUACAAUUUGGAAAUUGCUGACAAAGAUGGGAACAACAAAGUUUUAUCUUUCACCAUCCCUUCAUUAUCGAAGCCCUCAAUAUAUCAUGAGCCUUCCACUAUUGGAUCCAUGGCCUUGACUGAGGGAGCCCUAUGUCAACAUGACCUCAUCAGGGUAGUUUACAGUGAUCUUCGUCCUCAGAGAGAAACCUUCACUGCACAGAACCGGUUUGAGGUGCUCAGCUUUCUCAUGCUGUGCUAUAAUGCUGCUAUUGUCUACAUGCCUGCCUCCUCCUAUCAGGCACUUUGUAGGAUGGGUUCCAGGCUUUGUGUGAGUGGAUUUCCACGGCAGCAUGAAAAAUGCUGGAAAGAAUACUGUAACAGAGUGGUACUAGAUCCUGACUUCAUGGUGCAGCUGCUCACAGGUGUCUAUUAUGCCAUUUAUAAUGGACAGUGGAGUCUUGGCCAGGAGGUCUUAGAUGACAUAAUUUACAGAGCACAGCUUGAACUUUAUACUCAGCCACUACUGGUUGCAAAUGCCAUGAAGAACUCAUUGCCCUUUGAUGCCCCUGAUGUAUCACAAGAAGGCCAGAAGGUGCUGAAGGUGGAGGUUACUCCCACCGUGCCAAGGAUCUCUCGGACAGCCAUUACGACAGCUUCUAUCCGCCGCCACCGCUGGAGGAGAGAAGAUGGCUUUGACUUCUCAAACGAGGCUGACUCAAGCAUUCCUGGCUCCCUGAUCCAACACGGCUCCACUGACCUAGGGAUCAAACGUGAGCAAGAGGGGGAGGUGCUGGUGCGCAGGACCCCUGAGCAUGGCUUACCGGAGCCCACCUUGACAGCUGCCACAACAGAGGACACUGAGGGUAUAAAUGGAAGAGAGGAAUCUGUGAACCUCAAUGAUGCUGACGAAGGAUUUUCAUCGGGAGCUUCCCUUAGUAACCAGCCUGUUGGGACCAAGCCUCUAUCAUCCACAUCCCAAAGGGGCAGUUUAAGGAAAGCAACAAGUGGGCGUUCAGCUAAGGAUAAAGAAACAUCGUCUACUGUUAAAUCCAAUGAGAGCCCUCGAGAUUCAGUAGCUUGGAAGCAGUACUUACACCAACCAGCUGACCUUACUGCAGAAACAAUCGAGAUGACACCUACAAAGAAACACCUGAGCCUGCCUGCUGGGCAGGUGGUACCAAAAGCCAGUAGCUUGAGCCUGAUCCGGACCGCCAGUGCUUCCUCCAGUAAAUCAUUUGACCAUGUGAAUGGUGGUCAAGCAGGAUCCAUCACUGGGAUUGACACUGAAGUUGUUACUAAUCUAGCAGCUGGCAAUGCCAAUCGGUUUUCAACUAUCAGUCUACAGGAGGACCGGUUAGGCCAAGCUAGGGAAGGUAAAGAUCUCCUUACCCCAGGAGCUCCCCUUACCAAGCAGUCUCGAUCCCCAAGUUUCAAUAUGCAGCUGAUAUCCCAAGUGUAGCUUAGACUCCCCUUUACUUUUUAAACAACAGACGGUUCAUCCUUGAGCAAGAACUAGAGUCUUCAUCCCACAGUGUGACAAUACUGACCAUUGUGAUCUCAUUUGAUUCAGUUUAGAUAUCCUGUUUUUUGUAUAAAACAGCAAUAAAUCUCCCCUCACUCCCAGCCCCCACCCCUGUAAACAUAGUUGUGAAGCUGUAUGAAAUGUUCUGUAUGCCUUUUCCACACCUUCCUUUCUCCUUGGGUGAUGUGCAAUCCAUCAUAGGUUGAUCAGUCCCAUUUCAACACUGUGAUACUGGAGACAUUAGAGGAAAUGGUGAAUGUGAUUCCUAUGAGAUGAUAUUUUGGCUUUGUUAAGAAAAAGAAACGGGUUAGUUUUCUCAGUCUAAAGUACUGCAAAGGCUACUGGAUCAUGAUUUUUCUUAAAACCAGGAUGCUGCAGAGAUCCUAAUAUGACUUUGGACCUCUCUGAGUUUGUGCAAUCUUUUUGGGGGGAGAGGAAUGUUGUUGCUCCUGGAUGACUAAUGCACUUUUCCAUUAAAUUGAGAAUAAUUAUUUUCCUUUCCCACUUUCGCCCCCACUCUGUUGCUCCUGACACUCUUCCUGUUCAGCAGUGGAGACAUACCUAUUACCAAGUUGUUGCCCCUCACAUAAAGAGAGGGCUAUUCGAAGAGAACGUAAGUUACAGUGUACUACUUAUGGCGUUAUAGCCAUAUUUAUGUUACAUGUCUUCCCUCCAGGACACAGGGUCGUGCUGCUUAUAGACUAGAAUUUGGAAAGGCCAAACCUGUUGAAAUGAUUCAAAGGUGGGAAGGAGACACAAACUUUCCCAGGAAUAAUUAACUAGUAACUCUGCUUUUGUUUGUGAGGUGAUGAUCACUGAAUUGAACAAGUGCAUCUUCAGGUAAACAGAGGGAUUCUCAGGCUGUGUUCCAUGGUGUCAUGGCUGUUAGGGAACCUUUCUUCAGCUGCUUUCUAGGUGUUUGUGGUUCAGUCACAGCAUAGAUUAAGACAUCUGUAGUCCAGACAUCCUCCUCCAAGGAGAUGCAUCACGGACUGAGAUAAUGAUUUGCUGAAAACACUGAAGCUUCAAUGUGCAACACUUUUUCUAGAAACAAUGUUGGUACAAUGGGGGUACUCAGUCUUUUCUCCCAGAAGUAUCAUACUUCACUACCUUUGUAUUUCCAAUCCAUUGCAUUUUGUAAAUACUGUCUCAUCAUUUUGCUGACAGUCAAAAGCAUUCUCUUAGAAAACUCUGAAGUCAUGCUGUUGAACCAAGUCCUGAAUCUAUGAUUGGUGUAUGGGCAGCAAUUGAUACCUAUGCUAGAGAUCACUACUUAAAAGUACAUGUCUAAUUAAAAAGAAGGAUGUUCAUAUUUUAGUCUCUGUCUUUCUUCAGAUAACUAAGGAGAAAAGGGGAAGUCUUAGCCUUCUUUCUGUACUUUGUUGUGACCUGGAAGUUUACAGGCCAUUAACUCAUGGAACAGAUUAGAGUUACAUUAUUUCAUUAUGUAGGCACUUUGGUUUUAAAAUUUUCACUGUGAAAAAAAAUAUACAAUUACAAAUUACAGGCUAUCUUUUGAUUAUAAAGGACGUAUGAACUGUAAAAUAGCAUUAAUGGUUUGGUUGUUUAAAUAUUUCAAGCUUUUGAUUUUUCUCUUAACACUCAUUUCAAGUUAGCCUUUUUUUCAAAGUGAUUUUCGAGCUCAUAGCUUAAACAGCUGAGCGAAGACACUGAAUGAGUUUAGUCAUUUAUUCAUAUUUCUCAUUCAAAGAGCAUUAAACAGCAUUCAGACUUACACCAAAAUUUCAGUUAAACACUUAAACACAAACAUUCAGUUAAGGAAAAAAAACACCUUAGCAUCUUGUUAAAAAUGGCAAGGAUGGCUAAGGGUGUAUAAAUUGAUAGAACAAAGACAAAAUAAGGAAUGGCCAAGAGAUAGCAUUGUUCAGUAAAAUCAACCUGUAAAGUAUGUACUGUGACAAAUAUUGAUGUUUCACAUUAUAGCAAGAGAUAGCUACAUUUGUCAGUUUAUUUUCUAGAGUACUUGCAAUGGAGAAACUAAAUACAAUGGCUAUCAUCAUGCAGAAGCUUGUCUGAUUAUUUUUAAGAGUAGAGCUGUAUUUAGAAUAGACAAAAGAAAAUGGUACUAAAAAUAAAAAUGUAUAAGGACCAAAUUAUUCCUUUAUAUUAGUUUUUGAGGAAGAAAUGUUCAGAGCUACUUUUGGAAGAAAUCCAAUCUAUUUUUAUCCUGUUGAAAAUACAUGUAGUGAGGUUUGGUAGCUCUGCUAUCAAGGUUCUGUAUUUUUCUAUUGUUUUCAUCUAAAGGAUUUGUAACUCCUCUUAAAAUGUUGUGUUAUGCUAAAACUUGGCAAAUGAGUUUCCAUAUCAUAAUCCAUUUGUUUUACAAAAUGCAGUGAAACCCGUUCGGCAAAAUGAAAUAGUCCUUUAAAUAGGUUUAAAUGGAGAGUCAAAUAUGGGUACUCAAAUUUGAAUUGUUUUAGUUACUUUUUAAAAACAGUUUUGCAGAUAUUUAGUCUUUUGGUGUAGUGCCUUUUGUUAUAUUUUAUAAAUCUGUUAUAAAUAUUGUUAAUCUGUUUUUGUGUUCAUGCACACUACUUGCUCUACAGGUUGCUUUUUGAUAGCAUUCGUCUUCUGUCCCUAUUAACAUCUUAGUUGUUCCACACUAUGAACGGACACGAUAUAGAACAACUUGUCCAAAGGAUUCUUUGAGUGCUUUAUGUCAGAGGUUUACUGAUCAAUUUUUCUGUGUUCUGGAAUGACUCAUCCAGAACAUAAAUGAAGCAGCCAUUAUAAUGUGUCAUGUCAGUGCUAUAGAUCAUUAAUGCUUUUAGAUAUAUUCAUCAAUCCAUUUAAAGUAGUUGUGAAAUAUAAUGUGCUGAGCUUGUGAACUUGUGAGUACUGUGGCAUUCAUUGAAAUGGAAAUGCUUGGGAUACAAAGAACAAUUUGAGAUGACAAAGUAUUAUAUGCUACUGUAUAACCAAGUGCAAAACUAUUUAAAAUAAUGGGUUUCUGAUAACUGAUACAGAGAUUUAUUUCCUUAACUAUUGUCUCCCCAUAAUUAUUAUGCAUUUGGUAUGUAACAUGC